GUGAUGCCAUGGCUGCUGCGAGCUCCAGCAGGGCCAGGGCUGGGCCGCCCUGCGAGAAGUCCCAGCUCUCCGUGAAAGUGGUGUCCGUGAAGCCCAAGGCGCACAGCCGCCCGUCGCGGAUGAACUGCUAUGUGGAGGUGGCGGGCGACGGGCUGCCCAGCGAGACCAAGAAGACGGGGAAGCAGAUGGGGAGCUCUGAGCUGCUGUGGAACGAGAUCCUCAUCCUGAACGUCACGGCUCAGAGCCACUUGGACCUGAAGGUGUGGAGCUGCCAUACCCUGAGGAACGAGCUGCUGGGCACCGCCUCCGUCAGCCUCGGCAACCUGCUGAAGAGCGGCGGGAAAUUGGAGAACAGGCAGCUGACCCUGGACCUGCAGACGGAGAACAAAGGCAGCGUUGUCUCCGGCGGAGAGCUGACGAUUUUCCUGGACGGGCCUGCUGUUGAUCUGGGAAGCCUGCCUAAUGGCAGUGCCGUGACAGAGGGUGAGUGCCGCCCGUCUCCGCAUGCAUGUGGCGGCUCUGAGCACGAGGCGGUGAGCAGUGGCGGGGAGAGGAGUGGGGCUGAGAGCACAGCUCCCGGGACCUCUGAGCAAGCGUCCGAGUGCCAGCAGCCGCCUCCUCUUCCAGGGUCCCAGGUGCCUGGACGGGACCCCAGCAGCACGGCUGCAGCCGCAGAGGGCAGACACCAGCCUCCCAGUACAAACUGCUUUGGAAGCCGACCAAGGACGCACCGACAUGUGGCUGGAGCGGCCAGGCAAAACACGGGGAGUGGAGAGCAAAGUCCCAGCGCCAGGAGCCGGCACCGUCAGCAGGCCAAGAGCACACAGCAUGCCAGCAUGGCCAACGGCAUGGCCAAUGGCACGGCCAAUGGCACAGUGAAUGGAGACACAGCGGGUGCUGUGGACAUCGAAGAGGAAAGGCCAGCAGCAGGAGCAACUGUACCGACUGUGACGGCGUUGAGCGUGGCUGACAGCUCCGUCGCUCCUGCCCUUCCUGCCCUGCCCACCACUGGAGAGGCAGAGGAGGCAGCCUCUGGCUCCAGCGCCCCGCCGGCCCGGGCAGCGGUGCUAGCCCUGGAUGCUCUGCCCCCCGGGUGGGAACAGCGAGAGCUGCCUAAUGGUAGAGUCUACUAUGUAGACCAUAACAACAAGACCACCACGUGGGAGAGACCCCUUCCUCCAGGGUGGGAGAAGCGCGUGGAUCCUCGAGGCAGGUAUUACUACGUGGACCACAACACCCGGACCACCACGUGGCAGCGCCCCACGGCCGAGUAUGUCAGGAACUAUGAGCAGUGGCAGUCCCAGCGAAACCAGCUCCAAGGAGCCAUGCAGCAGUUCAGCCAAAGAUUCCUGUACCAGUCGUCCGGCACCCCGUCCGACAAUGACCCUCUCGGUCCCCUUCCUCCCGGCUGGGAGAAGAGACAGGACAAUGGGCGAGUGUAUUACGUGAACCACAACACGCGGACCACCCAGUGGGAAGACCCUCGCACGCAGGGGAUGAUCCAGGAGCCGCCGCUGCCGCCCGGCUGGGAGAUGAAGUACACGAACGAGGGCGUGCGCUACUUCGUGGACCACAACACUCGCACCACCACCUUCAAGGACCCGCGCCCUGGAUUCGAGUCUGGGAGCAAGCAGGGUGGCUCCCCAGGGGCGUAUGACCGGAGCUUUCGCUGGAAGUACCACCAGUUCCGCUUCCUCUGCCACUCGAACGCGUUGCCCAGCCACGUGAAGAUCAGCGUUUCCCGACAGACGCUCUUUGAGGACUCCUUCCAGCAGAUCAUGAACAUGAAGCCGUACGACCUGCGGCGCCGCCUGUACAUCAUCAUGCGAGGAGAGGAGGGCCUGGACUACGGCGGCAUCGCUAGGGAGUGGUUCUUCCUCCUGUCCCACGAGGUGCUCAACCCCAUGUACUGCCUCUUCGAGUACGCUGGCAAGAACAACUACUGCCUGCAGAUCAACCCUGCCUCCUCCAUCAACCCUGACCACCUCACCUACUUCCGCUUCAUCGGCCGCUUCAUCGCCAUGGCUCUGUAUCAUGGGAAGUUCAUCGAUACCGGCUUCACGCUGCCCUUCUACAAGCGGAUGCUGAACAAGCGGCCCACGCUGAAGGACCUGGAAUCCAUCGACCCCGAGUUUUACAACUCCAUCGUCUGGACCAAGGAGAACAGCCUGGAGGAGUGCGGCCUGGAGCUGUACUUCAUCCAGGACAUGGAGAUUCUGGGCAAGGUGACCACCCAUGAGCUGAAGGAGGGCGGUGAGAGCAUCCGGGUGACGGAGGAGAACAAGGAGGAGUACAUCAUGCUGCUGACGGACUGGAGGUUCACGCGGGGCGUGGAGGAGCAGACCAAGGCUUUCCUGGACGGCUUCAACGAGGUGGUGCCGCUGGAGUGGCUGCGGUACUUCGAUGAGAAGGAGCUGGAGCUGAUGCUGUGCGGCAUGCAGGAGAUCGACAUGAACGACUGGCAGAAGAACACCAUCUACCGGCACUACACCAAGAACAGCAAACAGAUCCAGUGGUUCUGGCAGGUGGUUAAAGAGAUGGACAACGAGAAGAGGAUCCGGCUGUUGCAGUUUGUGACGGGGACCUGCCGCCUGCCCGUCGGGGGGUUCGCGGAAUUAACAGGCAGCAAUGGGCCCCAGAAAUUCUGCAUCGAUAAAGUUGGCAAAGAGACGUGGCUGCCUCGGAGCCAUACAUGCUUCAACCGUCUGGAUCUCCCUCCCUACAAGAGCUACGAACAGCUGAAGGAGAAGCUGCUUUAUGCGAUUGAGGAGACGGAAGGAUUUGGACAGGAGUGA